AUGAGCAACGGACAUGACACCCCAGCAGGUGCGCAACAUCCGAUCUAUCAGCUUCCAAAGAGCCAGGAUAACACACCGGAUCAAAAUGUUACCAAGAAGAAGCAGAGGAAAAACCCUGAGAAACACGAGGGGGAGGUUGAGACUUUCCCCACUGCAGUGUUUAUCAACACGACCAUCUCCGCCUCGCGGUCAGCAGGUGCCACCUCUGUUGCAUCGAAUAUCAGCCCACGUACUCCAACAGUGGUAGCCCAGCGUGGUGGUCGAACGUCCCAGUUUUCCGCCAAGCAGCGCCGCGAACGACACAAUGCCAACGAGAGACGACGAACGAACGCUGCCAAGGGCCGUGUCCGCGACAUGCGUGACAAGGUCAUGACUUUGGGGCGUCAACGCGCCAAGUUGACUGCGCAGCGUGAUACCAAUGCCUCCGCAAAUGAGGUGCUUCAUCAUCGGAGGCCAAUUGAGACUGUCGUACCUCGAGAAUGUGUCGAAGGCUACAACAUUCCAGGAAGCUCUACAUACCUGGACCUUAUCAAAUUUGCAGAUGAGCUCCGCGAAGAGAAACGGUACCUUGAAGAUCAACUAGAUCAGCUGGACUUGCAAAACAGUGCUCUUCAAGCGGUACAGACAGAGCUUCUCAUCGAUGCCACGGCAUCCCUGACUGCAGGUAGAGCAACAAGGAUCCUUAAGCGCAAGCGCGUCGAGGUCGAUGAGACUAUUGACACUGGUUCAGACAGAAAACGCAUGGCUCUUGAGUCAUGCGAGAUCGACAUUCCCACUGGUGGUUACUGCAUCGAGACGGAAUCCGUUCCAUCGUACCUUAACGUCCUCUUCUCUGAACCAAUGACCAGUGAUGCGGCGUUCAACUGGGUCAAAGACAGCUAUGGUGACAUCAUGGCCCUAAAAUCCCAGCAAAAGCCCGUGGAUACUGCUGCCACGACGGUCCUGGGCUGGCGUGAAGAUAAACGAGAAGUGACAAAGGCUAGGGAAUCGGACGAUGAGCACUCACUCAAGCUGAUGCUGACGCAAGAUUUUGUUGGCAUCUCAUCGGGCGAACUUGUCUUCAGCACGUGGAAUCUUCUUACAAUGCUCCAAUCCUUUCAAAAGCUUUUCCCGCUGACAAAGGACCUGGCCAUUUUGCAGACAAUCAAUGACGACUGUGUCGUUGUCCGUGUUGGCAUUGCACCGUCCCAUGAUGCGCCUGUGAUGCAUAGCAUCGUGGUACUUGCUCGUGGUCAAAUUGAUGGCGGGUACUUAGUGAGCAUGCGGUCCAUACCGUUAUCAGCGGGUGAAAAGACAUUUGCUGCUCAUGAGGGGACGUACUUACCAGUUCUCGCGUGGUUCAUGCUUUUAGACAAGUAUGACGAGUUAGCCCAGCCCAUGUGUGAGGUGAUUGUUGGGGCAUCCACACAGCACAAAUCAGACUCGGUCUUGCACCGACUUGCUACUGAAUUCGUUACGGGUUUAGUGCGUUGGCAAGACACCGUUACUCAGAGCAAGCAUUGGAUAUUCUAA